CGGUGGCAGGCUGGCUAUGCCGUCAUUUCGCGAUAUCGCGCUUGGCUUCCUUUGUACGGGUGUGACCUGAUCGAUCCGAAGAAGCGACUGAGGGUGGCAGCGCCUAUUAGCUCGCGACUUCUCCCUUGGCUGACAAAGGAGAAGCUCGUAUAUAAAUAGUUGGUACUUGACUCUUGUCUCAGCUAGUAUCUUAUAUAGACAGUUCAAUCUCAAUUGAAUCUCAUUAGCAAGUUUGGAUAUCUUGCGCCAGACAGCUCCUAUUAGGUUAUAAUAUUCGUACAAGUGAGCAAUAUGAAGUACUUCGCCGUUCUCACCACGCUCCUCCUCGGCGCCACGGCCUCACCUGUUGGCAAGAGGCAGACCACAAUAGCAACAAUCAGCGAAUUUUUCGCGAGCACUAUUGUGAAUGACGAUGGCGCUAGUAUCGGAUUCCACUUCGCCAUUAAAGACGAAGUGAGCACGCGCUGCCAUUACUCCGACAAGACCUCGGAUGCCAAACUCCCAGACGUUCCGUUCACCAAGUGCGACGACGGGACCGUUCGAUGGCAAUUCCGCCAGGACCCGUCUCGGCCCGGCGCCGAAGGCCGCUAUCGGCUCGUGAUUGUCUACACGCCGGCGUCGAGCGCUGUCUCCGAAUCUGGCUUUCACGAAUGGAACCCGGACUUGUUCAAGCUGGAACUGAUGGGGACUCGGAACGAAACCCACUACACUGGCUAUACUGGGUGGGAUCAGGAUCUCCUCUAAUCAUCGCAAGCAAGGGAUCUGCUUCUUCAGGAGAAAAGUGUUUUGGCAUCUAGUGGCAAAAAGCGCAUAAGCUGUGAAUAGCUGU